AUGUACGCUGCUCUCACGACAGCAGCUACCAAAUGGGAGCUGCUCUCACGACAGCAGCUACCAAAUGGACGCUACUCUCACGACAGCAGAUACCAAAUGGGAGCUGCUCCCACGACAGCAGCUACCAGAUGGGAGCUGCUCUCACGACAGCAGCUACCAAAUGGACGCUACUCUCACGACAGCAGAUACCAAAUGGGCGCUGUUCUCACGACAGCAGCUACCAAAUGGGAGCUGCUCUCACGACAGCAGCUACCAAAUGGACGCUACUCUCACGACAGUAGAUACCAAAUGAGCGCUGCUCUCACGACAGCAGCUACCAAAUGGACGCUACUCUCACGACAGUAG